GUGAUCGAGAUUGACUCUGCAGCUGUGACUCGGACACUCGCGAUUUAACCAUCGACACAAAGUCUACGCCAUUUAGUCACUCUCCGACUCUCAAUCAUGUCACUCCUUUCGCAGACUCGAGACUUCGCGGACGAAUCAUAGAACAGUUCCAAUUCUGAGACUUCUACAUUUGCUCAGUUCAUCUCCCAACAGGCGAUCCCUUGCAAUCCUUGUUUGGAAAGCUGUAAAUGGAUUUAUUUCUCGAUUUUUGGAAGAAAAGAAAAGAAACAAACGAACUCCUGAAAUAGUGAAUUUUUUCAUAAAUGUGCAGAAAAGUGGAAAUCCUAUGAAGUGAAAUAAAUACAUUUGAAGGGCAACGAAAUUUUUCCCAAAUCACAAUUUUUCCGAGACUUUCCGUCGGCACAGCGGCAGCUUGAAUUUUGCAACCCUUUGCAUCAGUGAAUUCGGCCAGCAAGCAUGAUAAAAUAGUGAAGAGAGUGAAGAACAGUAAAGUGAGCUCCUCCGAGGCAAAACACGCAAUGAAUCUGGAAUCGCUGCCGCGUCCGGAGACGAUUCACGUCACAGCACCAGGAGCUCUCAAUCGGCCACCGCCCAGCUCUCAGACGAUGCCCCAGAGAUCGCCGUUCGCCAUUCAGGAGCUGCUGGGCCUCAGCGACUCCACGCGGCACCAGAGCAACGCCGUGUCCGCAGUGACCCCAUCGCUCUAUCCUGCCGUCGGCCAGACGCCCUUCUCGGCGGACCACCACCAGAUGACUAUGGCAGCUUCCCGGAUGGCCUACUUCAACGCACACGCCGCCGUGGCCGCCGCCUUCCUGCCGCACAACAUGGCCACGGGCGCCGCUGGGCCCCUGUCUCUCCACCAUCAGUCCUCAGGAUUUUCCCAAUUGAAAACCUCUUUUGGAUCCGCUACAAGUCCUUGUUUGCCAGGUGUUAGCUCAUUAGAUGGAAGUAAAGAUUUUACCGUGGAUGGCAUCAAUGGGUUUGGUGGCAAGAAAAAGAAGAAGAAGCGAAGACACAGUCGAACCAUUUUUACGAGUUAUCAACUGGAUGAGCUGGAAAAGGCCUUCAAGGAGGCUCACUAUCCAGAUGUCUAUGCCAGAGAAAUGCUGUCUUUGAAAACUGAUCUUCCAGAGGACAGAAUACAGGUUUGGUUCCAGAAUCGCCGGGCCAAGUGGCGCAAGACGGAGAAAUGUUGGGGACGCAGCACAAUUAUGGCCGAAUACGGACUUUAUGGUGCAAUGGUAAGACAUUCAUUGCCUCUGCCGGAGACAAUUCUCAAAUCGGCCAAAGAAAAUGAAUGUGUCGCACCAUGGCUUCUAGGCAUGCACCGAAAAUCCCUGGAGGCAGCCGAGGCACUGAAAAAUGACGAGAGCGGCGCCAGUGAUCGCGAGGACGCAGCCUCCAAGGCUAGUGAUGCCAGCGGAACCACGUCCAGCAACAAAGUCCCUCUGCCGCCAACCUCUUCAGCGCCCACAGUGGGAACGCCAGCGGCCGGAGACGGAAAGUCUCAUAUUCAAGUUAGUCAGCCGCACACGCCCCAGCCUAGCAAUGGGAGCGGCGAGACUUCGGGAAAUGGAGGCAGUGCUCAAGGCCCUCCCGAGGCCCCACAACUCACUCCGCCGGCCCUUCCGCCAGGAACCACAAGCAUCGCCACGACUCAUCCUCAUCUCGCCGCGCUGGACAGGAAAGCUCUGGCCUUGCCCGGAUACCAUCCACCCGACACAGACCCUGAAGCCUUCAGAAACAACUCAAUAGCAUGUCUGCGGGCGAAAGCACAGGAGCAUCAAGCAAGACUCCUCAACAGUGGCCUCCUCCUGCAAGUGCGUUCUCUGGCUGGUCUGCAGAGUCCCACAAGCAGUUCCCCUCAAUCCUGCGACAGCAAUGCAAACAACCUUGGUCACCAUUCGCCCCCAGAGGGCCUCUUGGUUGAGCGAAAGUACCACCCGCCGGCCGUGUCACCCCUGCGGCCGGCCAACGAGCCCCCAACUGCAGCCAGUCCCAACAUGACCUUCUGACACUAGGAUUCCGACGUUGCUGCCGACGGGACGCCUUCCUGUGAUCUCACUCACAACCAUCAGCGAAUUUGCUAACCACGAAUCAUCCCGAGACUUCCCGCUUUCCCUCCACUUUCAUUUGCACCCUCUCCCAGUGACCAACCCAAGGAAAUCAACUCAAACGAGAAAAGCAACAGAACAACGAUGUAUAAGAGAAAAAUUUUAAGAAUCCGGCAAGAGAGAUUUAUCGGAAAAGUCAAGAAAACCUACGUAAAAGCAUCGAAUAUCGUACAAAGAAGAUGUUGAGAAAUCUCACAAGGAAUGAAAUGAUGAAAAACUCAAAGAAUUGCAAACGAAAAGAUCCUGAGCCAUUGACAAUAUUCUCAGAAUAGUAGAAGCAGACAUCACAAGUUUUUAACUUUCAAAGAAUUCCUAUGACAAACCCUUCAUUUGCCACUCUGCCACUUUAUCUUAAUAUAGUUUUACUGUAAAAUCGUAGGUGAAAAGAAUAUAAUUCUUGAAAAAAAAGGAAGGAAAAGUAGAGAAGCGGAAAUCUAUUCCACAAUAAAUGUAAAUAAUGAUGUAUGAUAUGUGCAAUAAUUCAUAAGAACUUGUGUAAUUCAUUCUCAAAGUGCAUAAUUGUAAGGUGAAGCAACAGAAAAUCCUAAUGUAUUCAAAGAAGGAAAAACCUAUAUAUACAUACAUAUAUACAAUUAGAGAAUUAUAAGAGCAUAAACGAAGAUAUUUCAGGUUUAAUUUCACUGUAAAUGUACUUUAAAUGAUUGUAAUAAGUAGUUUAGAUGUUAAGUCACACAAAAUAAUUACAAUGUAAUUAAAUAGUCUAAAUGGUAAGAGCAGAGUUUUAAGGAGUCACACCUAAAGAUAUAUUGUCAAUUUUCAAUUGAAUUUACAUGCUCUGAAAGAGGAUGAAAGAAGAAACAUUCGCGGAGCUAGAAAAACUACUGAGUUAUAAUUUUAUGAAAUGUAUUGAAAGUGUCAAGAAGAAUAAACUUUCACGAGGAUGGCUAUAAGAAACUCAACACUAUAUUAAAUAUGUCUGUAAAUUUUCGGCAAGAAAAGAUGAAAAUACAAUUAAAGAAAAUAAAAAAA